GACACGAUGUGAAGAUUUUUUUCUCCUAAAUCACCGGUCAAAGUUAAUGCACUUCCAUAUGACAUAAUGAAAUUAUUCAGUCCGGGUCACGAGUUGACUGUAAGCUGCGGGCGCACAUAACACGGUCCUCCCUGGGCCAUGAUCUUUUCUCCCGCCAAAAAAGGAUAAGCUGGUCGUGUGACGUCACACGCCUACCCCUGCCGGCAAGAUGAAGUCACAAAGCUAAUAAAAGGAUGAUGCAUGCACCGAAGCCAGUCCAGGCAGAGAACUCCAUAAGUAUUUGAUGUUAUUAUUUUUUUAUAGUCAAGCUAACGAUUCCACCGCAUAAGGUCGGUGCUGCGUGCAGUCACAUCGUGAGUGUUUCAAGUUCGUGCGUCGGUGUAGGCGUUAGGACAUAUCUCGCCCAAGGAGCAUUUAAAAACGAUACGGGUCUCUAUCUGAGAAUACGCGGAACGGCCACACUCAGCCUGCAGGAGAGGCUAGAAAAUCUUUGUGUUCAAUCCGGGUUGUUCUUGCGGGAUUCGAGGGGUUUAUCUCCAGUGAUGCGCAAGGAGGAUAGCAUCUUCAUCAACACAAGCCGCACGAAACGAGGCAACCGUUGUGAAGAUUAACCGAGUGAGCAGAGCUCCUCACGAUAUUCAUUAAUACAGGGAAACAUUCUGGACGUUAAGAGCUAGGAAAGUACCAACUUUUUCGUGGCUUCUUGUGGGCUAAAGGAUGGAACCUCUCGCAAGUCGACCUGAUUGUCUUCACUCGCUGCGCGGCAAGAAUCACAGUCAGGCAUUCUCUUCUGUCUUACCUCAUGGUACGGCACAUUAAUCUGUGGAAAUGGUUAUCGAUGUCUCCUGCGUCACAACUCGAUGAGUGUCUCGCUGCUGUCAGCUCUCCCUGAUUGGAAAUACUCGCGUACUUCGCCCAAACCCUUUCACUCCUUCCAAGAAUAGCGGCUUAUGAACCCGGUGCGAGAACGGACGUGAGAAGUCAUCGACGAUAUGCAAUCACAACCAGCUGAUUGAGUCUUCUUUUAAUAACGUCGACGUUGAAGACUUUUCGAAUGUAGGCCUACGUGUGUCAAUUCACUUGACGGAAUAGUCCAGAGUGGGCUUUUUUGUAUCGCGCCUCAGCUACAUUUUUUUAAAGGUAAAUGUUUUGGUAAGCUGCAUUCUGGUCGCUUCAGUAACACUGACAAUGCUUCUUUGACGAGAACAUUAAAGCGGAAACCGGACUUCAAAGUCUCGGACUUGUGAUGUAAGGAUGCUCUGUAUCUCCUAUCGCGUCAUACGUGUAUGUCUUUGAAUCCUUCCAUCAGAGAUAACAAUCUGAGGCCAGGAUGAGCCAAACGGCUCACCACGCGGAGGCAGGCCUGCCUGCCCGACUACUAUCCGCUGUGCACAUAAUACCCCUGCGGCGGCCCCGUUCAACAGUGGCCAGCGUGGUGUCCUUCGUCAAGGCCUUCACGGCCCGUCUUUUCUUCGCCAUCCACGGUAUCGUGACCGUGUGGCGCGUGGCCAGCGUGCGGGGCAGCAGCGUCUACUACCUAAUGGUCAUGCCGGUGGCCCUCAUGCCCGGGGAAAUGAUCUUCACGCUGCAGACCACCGAUGCCGGAGAAUGGAAAUGGUUAUGUCCGAGCGCCCUACUUUACUUGGCCAGCGUGGUACCCGGUUUGUGGAUGCUUCAAAUGGACUUGUACCAAAAACGUAUGGACUACAGGGACCACAUGCAUUGGAAGGAGUGCGCCAUCAAAAUCAACUACAACCACACCUCAUUCACGCAGAUCCAAGGGCUGACUAUCCCAGUUGGCCUUGCCGACGACGAAUGGGCUUUGGCACUCGAGCAGUUUCUUCUCUGCCUCCUAAUCCUUGGCCGAUGGCUCCUGCCGAAGGGCUCCCUGACCAGGGAGCAGUUGUCUCAACUCCUGAUGGUCUAUAUUGGCAUGGCUGCCGACAUCUUGGAAUUCUCCCUCGAGAAUUUGCGUGAGGGUGCCGUGGUGUGCAACAAACUCAUCAUCAUGGUCAUCCUGGCCCUGUGGAGCUGGAGCCUGAUCCAGUUCGCUAUGGUCUUGACCUCGGUGGCUGGACCCAAGAUCCGCGUCUUUAACCACAGGGGGAGGGAUAACUCUUCCUCUUCUAUCUCUUCCACACGGCGUGUGAGGGCCACUGUGGCUGAGCUGCAGCAUCCAGACGUCCAGCACCAUCGCCGGCACAACGGCUGCUGCUCUUCGGAGAUCUGGGCUCUCUGCAUCUCCCUGAUCAUGCAGGACGGGCCUUAUCUGGCCAUGCGGCUGUACCUCAUCAUCCGUUUCCACAUCAUCAACCAGAUGAUGCUCUUCUUCACCCUCAAGAACAUGAUGAUCUUCCUGUUGACGGUCUACCGGAUAUACGUGCUACGGAUGACCAACAACCGCAAACGGAAGCGGCUGCAUCAGCAGGCGAUCAAAGUGCGGGUGGAUCCGGAGGACGGACUGAUGAAAUCCGGCCUGGGGUUGCCGCUGGACUUGGGCCUUGGGACGCCGCCCGAGGUGGUCCCAACGGCUGAAGACAAGGAGAUAACGAGACCGGCAGGCCGGGAGACACUUCAACAGAACGGCUUCACGGAGCGGGACUCGGAUGUGGAACUGACCCAGAUUGUGCCUCACGUUGAGGAGAGGAUGAGAGGGAAGCCUCGGCUCAGGGAGGAUUCCCUUGAGGAAAUUGAGCUCUGAACAAACAAACAAAUCUAUGACCGACCGUUAUCAUUGAUUCAAAAUAUGGAGUUGUUCUACCGGGGUCACUCGUUUGGGUCUAACAAAAAAACCGGACGUCACCGGCCAGUAAUGACGCCAGUGACGUUAAUCACGUAUUUCAGACUAAGGGAUGUUGGAAGAAAAAACAACAACUUGUGGCCCCAUAAGAAACUUGUAUCCGGGUUUAAAUCUCCGUGCAAACAAGAAAUGACUCGAUGGGAGCUAUAUAUACUGUCUGUUUGGAACUAUUAUGUCCAUUCAUCUAAGGAUUAGCUUGGAUCUCCACUUGUAUAGUGUCCAAAAAGGGGUGGGGUGUGAAGAGGUAUGCUGAAAAAAGGGCGUGGCCUCCAAAAUCAGUCCUCUCUUAACAAGGACUAAUUAAACUAUAGGCAAUGGUGUAAUAGCCACGGAAACAUGAAAUCAAAACGUCAACAUUCAAAGCAAGGUCUGAAACGGAAAUGUACUACAAAUGUUUUCCCCAGACAAGAAAACUGAAAUUUUAUUGGAAUUUACAUAUUGAAUAUGUUGAUGCACUUGAAACAAGAUGAAGCAAGUUGAAUACAAACACCAUUCGAAAAUAUCCACAGCAUUAUCUAAUUCUUAAAUAGGUCGUUUAAGUUUCAAGUUUUUUCGGGGUUGAAAAUGCUGGUAUUAGGCUCAUUCUAUAGAAUAAGCCAGCAAACGGUACUUACAUGUUCGCUAUUUUAGAUUUGCAAUAUCUUCUCAGGUUUUAAAAUAACAAACGGAAAGCAAAUAGGCCUACGCCGUAGUAUAGCAAUUUCUAGAGACGACGCCAUUAUGUGCCAAUAUAAGCCACGAAACCUUUUGCAAUGGUUUAAAGGAGUUUUGGUGUGAAAAUGUAGCAGUGAUAGUACUAUUUUCUGUGGAGCUUGUUUCAGGAAGUGUAAUAUUUUUGUCAACACAUUGAUCGAUAUUACAUCUUCAUUCGAUAUUUGUGAUCAAUAAUUAUCAGUAUUAUAGAUAACUUUGUGCUGACAACACUAGAAAACAAUCGUAUAUUUGUAAAUUUAUAUAGUAGAUGUAGAACUGCAUGUAUUAGGUCUUAUGUGUGUGUUGUGUCGGCGUUGGAAUCACAUACCAAAGAACAUGACGGGUGAUUAAGCAAAUUUGAAAGGCUGAGAACGAAUGCAAAUAAUUCUGAAUUUUAUUGCAUUUGACGUAAGAAAUAGCCCGUAGGCUUUGACCGAAUGUGAGGGAUUUGCGAGGAUCAGGUUUAAAUCAUUCUGAAUGGAUGAAUUACAUUUUUUCCCCUGCGAUUUGAGUUGAUUGCUUAGGCCCGUUUCAGACGUCGUGCUUAUGCCGUCCAUCCUCGUCGCCAGCAUCCCCACCUACGCCGCAGACAUCAUCGUCGUCAUUGCAUAAGUCACUAUUUGUUGCUGCGCUUGUUUGUUGAUUUUUUCUUUCCUCGCACACACGUUGGGAUUCCUAAUUCCUAAUUAUGAAUGGUGUUCAGGGCCAACUGCGAAUUGAAAUUAUAUUCGACACGGCAUGUAGGAGACUAGGAGCACGACGUUUGAAACCGGGCUGUGCUUCUGCCGCAUAAGCACGGCAGACCCCGUGGAGUGCUGUGGCCUCGUGG